AUGGCACCUACCACAACAAGAGAUGCUGUUGAGGCACCCAAGAUUGAAGUUACCUUAGCAGCCUUUUUGGGGAAGGAAUACUUCCAACAGGUGGAAGAAUCUGGAGAAGGAAAUAAUAGUAAAAUCCUAGAGUUCAUGCUGGAAUCAAGGCACAAAGCCUUUGAUUGGAUUGUCAAUCAAGACCCUCUGCAGCUAGAGUAUGACUCUUCCGAAUUUGUGGUGCUCUUCUAUUACCAAACCACAAGUCCCCAAGGAAGUGCAGCAGUAAAUUUCUGCUAUAGGCAUGAUUUUUUUACAGGGGAAACAACAUCGGUCAUCUGGGGUGAUCAGUGGCUCACAGAGAGCCACGAAUGUCAGUGGGGUGGAGUGAUUUGUGAGACUGUGCAAACAAAGGAGAAGGCAGCUGUUGGUCUACAUAUAAUUCGUUCUUCAAUGUGGAAUCAGCUCAAUGGCCCUCUGCCAUGGGAGAUUACACAGUUGCCACACCUGAAACAGCUGCAUUUGAAUGGCAACAUGCUGAGUGGAAUGCUGCCACCAAAGCUGCACUCUUCUUCGUUGGAGCAGCUCCACUUGGGCACUAACCAACUCUCAGGACCCAUCCCUGCUAGAUGGUAUGAACUCCACGAUCGAAAUGCAAAACUUAGUACCAGUCUUCAAAUCCAUGAAAACAGGUUGACCGGAAGUAUUCCAUCUGAAGUGGGGUUGUUUCAGAUGGAGCUGGUUUUUCUGCAAGGGAAUCAACUGAGUGGGUCCCUGCCAUUAACAGGCACUUUUCCAAGUGAAUUUGGACUGCUAACAAACUUGAAGGGGAAUCUGCAUUUGGGUCAUACCCAUAUUUCUGGAACCUUGCCCUCGGAGAUUGCCCUGCUGAGCACACUUAAGGAGAUUGAUGUGUCCUUUACAAACAUGCAAGGGACACUCCCUGAAGAAAUGUACACUGGACUCACAGACCUUCUUGCAUUUUCUGGCAAUGAUUGCAACUUUUCUGGGAGUAUCAGUUCAUCACUUGUUCUUUUGACAGACCUUGAGCAGCUGGACAUAUCCAAUAACAAUUUUGAUAGCACAAUUCCCAAUGAGAUUGAGGCACUGACUGAGCUGCGUCGAUUGCUGGUGAAUGGGAAUCAGUUUACCGGCACAGAGCCAGUGUCUGUCUGCUGA